AUGACUGGGUGCGGCACGAGAAGCCCCCUGCAUCUAAACCUCGAGGCGUGGGUCUGUCCGCCCCACGGAGCUGCGCUGUUUUCCGUGGCGACCGGCCAGACUCAUUGUGCUUAUUGUCACGCAUUCGAGCCCAACGCGGGUCAUCUCGAGCUUCACAACCAUCACGCGUGCCAUGGAGGCACUGACGAGCCUCGAGCCAUUCCGUCGGAAGGAUCACCUAGUGCAGCACCUCCGGCUAGUCCACCGCUUGGACGUAAUGCCUCUCUCAUCGAUGACUGGAAACUUGAGGCACCCACUAUAACCUCCCGCCGUGGAUUCUGCGAUCAGAGGUUCAGCACCUGGGCAGAGCGAAUCGACCAUCUGGCUGCCCAUUAUCGACAAGGGGCGACCAUGAAAGACUGGCGCGGCGAGCCCGAGUUCCCACCCUUGAUCGCGGCUCAAGUGACCAAUGCGCUGUCACCAUACUUGAUUGGGUCCGAGUCGCAUAGUAUGAUCCCAUUGUCUGCGACCGACUCGAAUGUUCGAUAUGCGCUGGCGCAGAUGAAGCGCGGAACUAUUCCGACCGACGACAUGUUCCAGCAAGAAUCGCGCCGGCUGCUCUACGACUGUGAAGAUGCGUGGAACCAGACUAUUGCCGAUAAUUCGGAAUGGCUCACUGCAUUUCAAAGACUGCACUAUCAACCAGAGGCCUCUGAUGCUGAUUCGAAAGGCAUCUCGCAAGCCGGCGCUUGA